AUGAGCUUCGCUAUCGAGGUACCCGGCGACGCCAACCCCCUCAACUUGCAGGAGCUCUGCCGCGUCCUCGAGUCCGCGACUACCUCGACCGACUAUGCGCGUAGACAGGCUGCAGGGCAGCAGCUUUCUUCAUGGGAGACUGAGAAGGGCUAUUUCUCCUCGCUUCAGACCAUCUUCCUCGAUAAGUCCCUCCCCCGCGAAAUACGGUUUCUCGCUGUGAUUCAGCUCAAGAACGGGAUCGACAAGUACUGGCGGCUACUUCCUCAUGUAAAAGGUGGGCUGGAUCCAGAGGAGAAGAAUCUUGUCCGGCAGCGCUUGUUCCAGGGCACGCUUGAAGAGGAAGAGGCGGGUCUUUCGUUGCACAACUCCCUAGUCACCGCCAAAGUCAUUAGGAUUGACUAUCCGCAACACUGGCCGGAUGCCCUACCCCAAAUCAUUGGCCUCGUUAGGUCAUCCAAAAAUGGCAAUCAGCAGCACCUUUAUGGUGCUCUGCAGAUUCUCCUUCGCGUUGUCAAGGAACUUGGCACUGCUCGCCUCCGACGAUCACAAACAGCCCUCCAAUCCGUCACCCCCGAGAUGGUCUACUUAUUGGGAGAAAUCUAUACCGAAAAGUCGGCAGUGUGGGUUGACUUUCUCACAAACGGCCGCAACGACGAGGAUACCGCCGACGUGGCUAUGUUAAACAGUCUCAUCGCCCUCAAGAUAAUCCGACGGUUAGUGGUGGUAGGCUAUGAGGCUCCUCACAACGACAAGACAGUUGAACAGUUCUGGACUGUCUCUCAGAAUCACUUCGGGCAAUUUCUCGGCUUUGUCAGCCACGACUCUCCUGUCCCCGCGCCCUACCAAGAUACAGUGGGAAAGCAUCUUCUGCAGUUCACGAAGCUUCACAUCGACAUGUCUGAAGCGCACCCCGCAAGCUUCGCUGUUCUACCAAAUUCUUUGCCCCUGGUACAUGCAUACUGGGAUUUGGUAGCAAAGUUUGCAGAGGUUUUCGAGAAGUCGGGUGGUAUCCGCCAGUCCUCUGGUGAUUCAGGCCCGUCAGAGUCCAAGUCAAAGGUUGAGGGACCUCUGCUGGAGAGACUGGCACUACGGGGCUUGCUCUUAAUGAGAGCGUGCUUGAGGAUUGCAUUCUAUCCCAAGCAGACUUUCAAGUAUCGGAGUGCAGAGGCCAAGAAGGAUGAGAACGAAGCUGUUGCGCUCGUCAAGCAAGAACUCCUCAAAGACGAGUUUGUAGUACAGAUGGCCAACACGAUUAUCACCCAUCUUUUCGUUUUCCGGAAGGCUGAUUUAGACGCUUGGGAGGAAGAUCCCGAGGAAUGGGAGCAGCAAGAACAGAGCGAGGGCAACGCCUACGAAUGGGAAGUCCGCCCCUGCGCCGAAAAGCUUUUCCUGGAUCUACUUGUCAACUUCAAGCAACUUAUGAUACCCCCUCUGCUUUCUUACUUCCAGAUUGCGACAAACGCACAGGCAGAUAUCGCUACCAAGGAGGCGGUAUAUACGGCUAUGGGAUUGGCUGCUCCUAACGUAUCGAACGCAUUCGACUUUGACAGUCUUUUGGUCUCGACUGUUCUCCAAGACGCUCAACAGCAAGGGCCCCUAUACAAAGUCCUCCGCAGACGUAUCGCGAUCAUGGCCAGCCAAUGGGUCACUGUCAAGAUCGCUGACAACAGUAGACCACUUAUUUACGAAAUGUUCCGACAUUUCCUCAAUCCUGCCGACCCGACCAACGAUAUUGUCGUUAGAAUUACUGCCGCUCGUCAGCUACGGUGGAUUGUGGACGAGCUUGCUUUCAGCGCCGAGGCCUUCCUGCCAUAUGCGGCUGAUGUGCUCAAUGAGCUUCUCCAGCUCAUCCAGAAUGUUGAAGUUGAUGAGACGAAGCUUGCCGUUCUGGAGUCGAUGCGGAUCUUGGUCACAAGAUUAGAGAACUACGUCUCUCAGUUUGCAGACUUCAUCAUGUCAAACCUGCCUGGUAUUUGGGAAAAUUCUGGAACGGAGGAGUACAUGAUUAAGCAAGCAAUUAUUGCCAUCUUUGCUGCCUUAGUAAUGUCCAUGGGCAGUGCCUCCCAGAGAUAUCAACAUCUAAUGGUUCCGUUGCUGUCGGAAGCCGCCAAGCCCGGCUCUGACCUACACACAUAUCUCAUCGACGAGGCUUUGGAGUUGUGGAACUCUGUUCUCAUGCAAAGCAACCCACCCUUGUCUGCCGAGAUCAUGAGUAUCGCGGAGCUGUCUCUUCCCCUUCUGGAAUACCAGACGGAGACCGCAGCUCAAGCACUCUCUGUGGUUGAGUCUUAUAUCCUCCUUGGAACUCAGACAGUCUUGGAAGAUAGGUUGCGACGUCCUUUUCUGCAGGCACUGUCAGGCGUCCUGGAUUCCAGAAGCCGAGAGCAGGUUAGACUCGGCACGGUUUGUAUAGAGUACCUGAUCCGAGCCGCCUCUGAGCUUGGCGGCACGCAGGUGAUUUUCCAGGACCUCUUGGAGAUCGGGUUUCUUGGGAAGAUCAUGGAGGCUCUCCACGAUGCUUGGGAGGCCAACCAAACGACCGGACCGAACAGAAAGGUCAGCAAGCUUAAUACGAUCACAGAACGCGAUUAUUUUGCGAUUCUCUCUCGGCUGGUCAUCGCUGACCCGGGUCUCUUCGUUACAAUGCUCACCUCCUUCGGCCCUAUAGAAGGGGUCUGGGGCUGGCUUAGCAGCGAGUGGUUCGCCCAUCUUGACGGCCUAGACCAUCUUCCUAGGCAGAAGCUGUCUCUUCUUGCUCUGACACGUCUUUUGGAGCUUCCACAACCGAUGCAGAACCUGGCCCUUGCGAAGCUGCAAGACUAUUUCACUCUCUGGACAGGCACCAUUGCCGAGCUCCAGGACGGCAUGACAGACGGUUCCGACUCGCUUAUCUGGCAAGACCUUGAGCCUACCGACUACGACACUCCCAAGAGUAUCAAGGAGACGGAGUUCGGCCAAAAAGACCCAAUCCACACGGUCAAUGCCAUGCGGUUCGUGAAGGAAAGGCUGCAAGAAGUCGUCCAGCGUUCUGGCGGCGAGCAGCAGUUUGAGCAGGAGUGGGCCAUCAACGUGGACAAGGAUGUGCUGCAGAAGUUCUGGUCGCUGACGCAAAUCACCGGGGUGUAA